AUGUCGCUUUCGGGCUUUGAAGAUCCCUUGGUCGACCAGAUUCUCGAGGCCGUAGACGCUGAAAUGGCGAGUCAAAAGAAGCCCAAAGUUCUCCUCUUCGACAUUGGGGGCGUAUGUGUCGUCUCACCAUUUCAGGCAAUCCUAGACUACGAGCUCAGCCUGGGCGCCCCACCAGGAUGGAUCAACUAUUCCAUCUCGAAAUCAGCCCCCUCUGGUUUCUGGCACCGUCUCGAGAGAGGCGAGAUCCCCUUGGAUCAAGCCUUCUUUGACGGCUUCAACAAAGACCUCCACAACUCGGCUCGCUGGAAGGCCUUUAGCCAACGAGAGCAGGCCAGGAACCCCAACACCCCCCGAGAGCUGCCUCCACUACCUACCCUAGAUGGAGAAUGCCUGUUCAACAAGAUGAUGUCCAGCUCCCACGCCCCGGACCCGUGGAUGUACCCGGCUUUGCAGACCCUCAAGCAAGGCGGUCAGUACAUCCUCGGCGCUCUGAGCAACACUAUCAUCUUUCCUCCCGGCCACAAGCUCCACAGCACCAACUUCUUCAACGACUCUCUGCGGCAACUGUUUGAUGUCUUCAUCUCCUCUGCCCACGCAGGCAUUCGCAAGCCGGACCCCAAGAUGUAUCGACUCGCCGUCGCCACCCUCGACCGCUUUGCCAGGGAACGCGCCGAAUCUGAGCGGGGACGGCGGUUAGGGUGGGAUGCUGGCAUUCAAGCCCACGACAUUCUCUUCCUCGACGACAUUGGCGAGAAUCUCAGAGAGGCCAGAGCCCAAGGCUUUGAAACCAUCAAGGUGCGCCUGGGAAAAACAUACGAAGCAGUCGAGAAGCUAGAGCAAGUCACAGGGCUGAAGUUGGAGGGCCAGCAUCCCAAGAAACCCGACAGCCCCAGAUUGGCGGGACCCAAAGCUAGGAUAUAA